CAUCCUUCUCCUAAUCCUAACCAUGACCGUCCGCUGGCGAACACCCCUCCUCGUUCUCUUCGCCUCCUUCUUCGUCUUCUCUUCUCAAUCAGCACUCGCAGAGCACUCCUUUGAAAACGCGGCCAUCGUCCGCACCGUCGACCUCGGUGGCUCCUCCGUCCACGUCACGACCACCUACGCCAUCAAGGCUCUCGAGAACGGCGCGCAGAAGUAUGCGAUCGCGUUGGGAGAGAAGGAGGCUGCUGUGACGAGCUUUAUGGAGGCGAAGAUUAAGGGACAGAGCGAGCCGUUGGGCUUGCAUGCCAGGCCUUUACAUCCUACCGGUCACCCGCAUCUGUAUACCGUUGAUCUCCCGAAAGCUCUGAGCGUGAAUGGGACGAUCAAUUUGGUCGUCGAGACGGUGCAGACGCAUGCGACGUAUCCCUGGCCGCAACAAGCUUCGCAGAAGGACGAGCAGAACUUUAAGUACGACACCGAACUGUUCGUUCUUAGCCCGUACAAGACCUCCACCCAACGAACGAAGAUUCGGUCACCGAGCCCCAACAUUCUUUCGUACACCACCCCCGAAGGCGUCGACAGCUUCGCGACCGACAGUAUCGCGACCAAGUCCGGCGCGACCGUCACUUACGGACCGUUCAGCAACAUCCCAGAGUCAAUCAGCACAGAGUUCAUCCAGGCGAACCAGAAACCUCUAACCGUUCAUUAUCGCUAUGAUUUCACCGUGUUGGAGAUUAAGAAACUGGAGCGUAUGGCCGAGAUCAGUCAUUGGGGCGCGAACCUGAACAUCCACAACAAUAUCGACCUGCAUAACGCUGGGCCGAAGCUGAAAGGUCAGUUCUCCCGCAUGGACUACCAAGCCCAAGCCUUCAUGGGCCAACUCCCCGCCCACAUCCUCCCCUCCAUGACACUACACCUCCCCCCCGGCAUCCACUCCGCCUACUUCCUCGACCUGAACGGUAACGUCUCCACCUCGCGCCUGCGCACCGUGCCCUCCGUCCCCAAGGGCGCCUCUUCGAACCAAUACAGCAUUCUGGAACUGAAGCCGCGCUAUCCGAUUAUGGGCGGGUGGAACUACAAUUUCACGCUCGGGUGGGACUCGCCGUUGAGGGAUUCGGCGGGGUAUGAUAGGACGACGGGGAAGUAUGUCGUGGGUGUUCCGGUGCAGACGUUGCUGCCUGGGGCGGUGGUGGAUGAGGCGGAGGUGAAGAUUAUCUUUCCGGAGGGGGCUACCGAUAUCGAGGUCUUCCCUCCCUUCCCCGCCCUCUCGCAGUCGAUGUCAACACACGUCACUUACCUCGACACGAUCGGCCGACCUGCCGUCACGUUCCACUACCAAAACCUAACGGACAGACACACCGGGACGAUCUACGCAACGUACAAAGUCCCCCUCUCCGCACACCUCCAAAAACCGAAAGCGGUCCUGACCGCUUUCCUUGGUCUGUUCGCUAUCGGCUUGGCGGUAAAGAGGGUCGAUUUGAGGUUGACGAAACCGUAGAAGGGAAUGGAGCAGCGAUGGAUAGUAGGGAUGGUGGUACAGUGCUGGAUGGGGACGGGGAUGCGGAUGUGGUGGACAGACCAUGUAUUUCGUAGAACGAGAAUUCGUGGGGUCUAAAACCUAAAACCUAAAACCUGGAACCUGGAACCGAGCAUCUGAAGUUGAUAAUUUAAUUUAUGAUGUGAUGUG